UUAUUUGCCGUGGUACGUAAGUUUGCUGGUAGCAAGCAUUAUCAUUGAAUUUGAUCUUUCAUCCGUUGCACUGUUUUGUGUGCACGCUUCAAAGACGAUGAGAAUUGCAUUGUGAAAAAUGUGACAAGAGGAGUGCUUAACUGAAGUCAUCGUUUGAAAGACUGCUCUUCAGGCAAUACUUUCUGAAUGUCCCAACAGCCAAGGAAGUCUCAGUGCUCCAGGACCUCAGGACAGCCUGGUUCACCUGACAAUUGGAACUCAAAUCAGGGUAGCCUUUGUGCAUCUUGAAAAAUCUGAAGUGACUUGUUGUCAAGAAAGCAGUGCACAAUCCCCCCAAAAUUCCAUGGAAUCCACUGUCUACAAAAAUCACAAUUGUGCACUGAAUUACAGCACCCCAAACCCAAGGAUUUUGCAUUUAGUUUGUAUAGCAGUGACGAUCAAACAAAAAGAAAUACUGGCUUGAGUUCAUCAGCACAUGUCCUUGUUUAACACAAAUGAAUAUCCUCUCUUGAGAACUUCAUAAGACAUCCUUCUGGCAAAAGUGGACAGCUUGUGGAAUUUUCCACUGAGACUUUAACUUCACAUUUCCUAAAAGUUUCUAAUAUACAAUGCUGGGCUGAAGCAAGGGCCGCUCCACUUCAUAGAGAGAUCCCAAAUGUUUUCUUUACAAGAUCAAUCUUCUUCUGUACAUGAGAACAAGGCCUCCACAUCAUCCCCAGUAAUUUGCAUCUCGCCCAAAGAGAAAUCUGCUCAUUUCAAAUCUUCCAAGACUGAACCUAAUGUCGAUGAUUUUUCAGAGGAAAAAUGUUCUGAGAAUCAGCAAGUGGGAACUUUCCUCCCCCAAGUUUGUGGACAGAAGAAACAAAUCGUAGAUCAUUCAGAAGGAAAUGUUUCCACCCCUUCUCAGCAGCUCUCCCCUUCUUCUCUCAGGAAUCAGCCAGCCGAAGGUGAAGUCUUGGAAGCUAAAAAAACCAAAGCGAUGACAAAUGAUGAACUUAAUGACUAUAUCGAGAAGGAGGUUGCGUUAGUAUGGUUGAAUUUAAGAAUGGAGGAUUAUACCGAGCGGCAAAGAUUCAGCCCUGUUCUUACUGAGCAGUGCACUACUUCAACCGGACAAGAAGAUGAAGUGAAGGAAAGCAAAGGAGCUGAGUUAUCUCCCACGCCUAAAGAGAAAUGUGAUACAUUUGCAUCAGAGAAACAUGUAGCAGAUUAUCAACAUGUCAUCUUGGAGGUUGCUCCCACUUACAUAAAUAAUGAAGCAGAGCAUCCAGUGAUUGUGACAGCAGUUUCUGGAGUCACCGUGCCAGAAGAGACUGAGAAGUACCCAGGAUUAAUGGUCAGCUGCAGUUCCUCACAAGGAGAGCGGGAAAGACUCAAAGAAACCCAAGGCACUGGAGAUCAAGAUGAAAAUGUAAACAAACAGAAGAAGACUGAAGACCAAGAGUAUUGCCAUGUUGAAUAUAAGGACGCAGCUGCACUUUCCAGCCUAGAUUCAAUAACUGUUAAAACUGACUAUACACAAUUAGUCUCUGUGGGGGAGCAAUCGGUGUGCAGCCAAACAAGUUAUUAUAAUGUGGAGAAGGAUGCAACUGGUGUGUGUCUACAAGCAGGUUUAAGCAUAUCUAUUCCUUUGAAUAAAGUCAACAAAAGCACCCCUCCAUCUAGACCUGAAGGUGUGGAUACAUUCUUUGCUGCAGGUAGAAAUGAUCCAGAAUAUCAACAGAGUUCAGUCACUGAAGAAUUAUCAAAGUCGGGCAUGCAUCUUUUAAACACAAACCAAGAGGAAGUAAGGUUUGAGGACCCUUUAUAUGAAGAUAUAAGUGAAGAUGAGAAUCCAGAAGUUGAUAAUAAUGAUGAGGAGCUGCCUUCACCUUCAUGUGAAGUGUCUGAAGCCAGUAUUACGCAGUCUGGAGGUGUGCAGAGUCAGGCCAAGAUUCCAAAGAACCAAACACUUGGCAUAGCACAACAUUGCUCUUGUCCAUGUUUUGUUGAAACGGAGGAUGGGUUUGAACGUUUAUUAUGUCCUAAAUGUGACAGUGAGAAACAUUUAAAUUGGCAAGCAAGCUGCUCUUUGAGCCCCCUUUCUGAUGCACAAGACCAAGAGGAGACUGAUGAGGACGAUGAUUGGCUAGUUAUGCCUAUUAGCGUGUUAGAUGUUAAAUGGGAACCAGCAGAUGAAGGCCAGGCUGACCCAGAAACAGUUUCACAGCAUGAUGGUGAGGAUGAAGACCAGGUGAAACAAAGUGACACAAAUCCAGCUGUCUGUGAGGUACCCAGAUCUGUUCCAAACCAUGUACCAGCUUCUGCUUUUUCUAUGAUGGAGGUUUUUGACACACCUUCUCAUCUAGCAAAAGUCAUACAAUCUAGAGAGACAAUGCAACAAUCCUUCAUGGUGCCUUCUUCCUGGGGCACAACUGAGACAAAAGCUCAUAGACCGCAAAAUAGGGAAUCACAUAGUGAUCCUGAUGACAGUUGUGAAACUGAAGAUAGUUCUGAUUACUCUUCUGAUUCAGGACGUAACUAUCUGACAGUGUCCAAACAGUUGUUAAAUAACCUGUCAGUGCCUGCAUCAGCAGAGAAAAAUGACUCUGAUUCUGAAAAAAAGAAAAUGAAGACCAUGAGAUGA